CUACUCCAAAUUCAGUGAAGCAGAGAGAGAAAAAAGAGAUAAUGGAGUUAAACAUGAAGCAGUGAAGCAGAGAGAGAGUGGAAAAGAGAGAUGGAGUUAAACAUGAAGGAAUGGCUUCCAUACAUAGGGAUGAUAAUCAAUCAAUUUAUACAAGUUGGGCUCAUAGUAGCAAUCAAAAAAGCUGGAUCAACUGGGUUGAGCAAAUACAUAUUCGUUAGCUACUCCAAUGCCCUAGCUUCCAUCGUCCUUCUCCCGAUCUCCUUUCUCAUUCAUAGAUCAGACAGUCGUCCUGCCAUCACUUUAUCUCAUCUCUGCUGGUUUUUCUUGCUCGGACUUUGUGGAUGUAUUAUAAAUGUGACUGGGAAUGCUGCAAUACAGAUUACUCCUGCUUCAUUUGCUUCAGCAAUGCUCAAUCUCAUCCCAGCUUUUACCUUUCUGCUUGCCAUCAUUUUCAGGAUGGAAGAAAUAAAUUUUAGGAGGUCAAGCACUCUGGCUAAGACUGUUGGAACAGUUGUUUCGAUCUCAGCAGCUGUUGUUGUGACUCUCUAUAAGGGUCCCCCACUCUUUAGGAAUUUUUCUCCAACAAAAUUUAGCUUUCAAGAUAAUGGGGAACAAUAUUAUGACUACUUGGCUGGUGGGAUGCUGCUUCUAAUCGAUUGUGUAGCUUCUGCAGCAUGUACCAUAAUUAUGGCUUUGACGCUGAAGAGAUAUCGUGCUGAGCUGUUUAUUGUCUUUUACUAUUGUUUCUUUGUGGCCAUUUUGUCUGCAAUGUUUUCAUUGCUUGUGGAAGGAAGCCAUACUUCAUGGAGUUUACUUCCAAGCUUGAGACUACUAUCUAUUCUUUAUUCGGGAGUUGUUGGUUCUGCAACCCAAGUAAGCAUUAGUAUGUGGUGCAUUCACCAGAGGGGGCCUGUUUUUGUAGCCAUGUUCCAUCCUUUAGGAAUCAUCAUUGCUGCCAUGGUUGAUAUCAUCUUCUUAGGCGAUACAAUAUAUACUGGAAGCAUGAUUGGAUCGACAUUCAUUGUUAUAGGAUUUUAUUUUGUCAUGUGGGGAAAAUCUGCGGAAAGAAAGGCUGAUGAGGAAAGUAAAAUGAGCCAUUUGGGAUCUUCUAGUACUUCCAAGGCUCCCCUCCUGCAAAAUGAUACCCAAAAAAUUGACAACAAGGUUUCAUUCGGACAUGUUGAUUUAUGAGUAUCCCUAUCCUCCUUGAUGCCUGUCUAAAUUAUUUGAUGGGUUCCUCAACUCCAGACGGCUUUAUUGUUGUCCAUUGGGACUCAUGUUGCAAAUUGUUAUUAUUAUUAUUGCAUUAAUAUGCAACUGUAUUUACUGUAAUUAUGUACAAUUAACAUUGAGAUUUAUUCUUAAUCUGCAUGAUCUCUUAGUCUCUACAA